CAGAGCUGAUCCCACGUGUGACGCUCGCAUUCCCGGCUCAGUAACAUUCUCUUAACGGGGCUUCGGGUAGCGUUCGCUCUGACAGUGUGUGUGUGUGUUAGUUACUGGCCAUAGUUGGGUUAGCAAUGGAGGGAGACGGGAGCCAAGCCACAUCUGGAAGCCCUAGCGAUUCGCAACACGACCCGGGUAAAAUGUUUAUCGGUGGCCUCAGCUGGCAAACUUCACCAGACAGCCUUAGAGACUAUUUUAGUAAAUUUGGAGAAAUCAGAGAAUGUAUGGUGAUGAGAGAUCCCACGACAAAACGCUCCAGGGGAUUUGGCUUUGUUACGUUUGCGGAUGCUGCCAGUGUAGAUAAGGUCUUAGCUCAACCUCACCACGAAUUAGACUCCAAGACGAUUGAUCCUAAAGUUGCCUUUCCAAGACGCGCUCAACCCAAGAUGGUCACAAGAACAAAGAAAAUAUUUGUAGGCGGAUUAUCAGCUAACACAGUAGUUGAAGAUGUGAAGCAGUAUUUUGAACAGUUUGGCAAGGUAGAAGAUGCUAUGCUUAUGUUUGAUAAAACUACAAAUAGACAUAGAGGAUUCGGCUUUGUAACUUUCGAGAACGAAGACGUGGUGGAAAAGGUCUGCGAGAUUCAUUUUCAUGAAAUCAAUAAUAAAAUGGUAGAAUGUAAGAAGGCCCAGCCGAAGGAAGUGAUGUUUCCUCCAGGGACACGGGGGAGAGCCAGAGGCCUGCCCUACACCAUGGACGCCUUCAUGCUGGGAAUGGGCAUGCUGAGUUAUCCAAACAUUGUAGCAACGUAUGGCCGUGGAUACACUGGUUUCGCCCCGAGCUACAGCUACCAGUUCCCUGGCUUCCCAGCAACAGCGUAUGGUCCAGUAGCAGCAGCAGCAGCAGUGGCGGCAGCACGUGGCUCAGGUAGGGGGGACCGUGGAAGAGGCGGCUAUGCAGCAUACCCUCAGAGCACAGGGCCAGGCUUCCCCGAUUACGGUUUCUAUUCUUCGCCGAGCGACCAACGGGGGCCCCCCUUCUCCUUUGCGGACUAUGGCUCCCUGGGCCCCCAGGCGGCUCAGCUGCUGCAAAGCGAGCAUGCCACAUCAGCCUGCAACUCCCCUCUCCAGCACCUGGCCAGCCCGGAUCAGUAUAAGAGCCCAGGCACCAACCCGCCCCGGCCUGGAGCAUUUCCUGGAGCCAGCAGCCCCGGGCCAGUGGCUGACCUGUAUGGCCCCACCAGCCAGGACUCCGGCGUGGGCAACUACAUUAGCGCUGCUAGUCCCCAGCCCGGCUCCGGCUUCGGACACAGCAUUGCUGGUCCUUUGAUUGCGACAGCUUUUACAAAUGGAUACCAUUGAAACCUAACAGGUGGUUGGUUGCCAUCUCAUUUGAGCAGAGUUUAUCAGGAGGCCCGGGGAAGACUGGCCGGAGUUUCUAAUUGGUUCUGUGUACAGGUAAAGGCUAUUCAACUUCAAGCACUACAGUGCAGAACGGGAAUCUAAAGCGGAGGUGGCGCCACAUGAAGAUCAAACAAAUCAUCAGAAUCAUCUCAUAAUGAAAAAACAACAACAACUAAACAAUCUGCUGUACAAUACUGACAACCUGGCUUAUGAAUAUUUUAUCCUAGUGUAGCCCCUCAACUUGAAGUAGGGUUUUAAUAUAAUUUUUUCCUUUAUUGUUUCUUUCUCCCGUUAGAAGUGUUUCUUUGUGAUCUUUUUAUUGUGCACACGUUGAAUCAACCAUCGACAUUUAUUUGAGUUAUAACGAUGUUCUUCAUUGUUAUUGAAUCUGACGACUGUGAUGAGAGCGAAUAUGUAAACAUAUACUAAUGUCUUUUUGUUUCUUUUAUUUUUUUUGAAGUAGUAAUAUUAAUGCAACAGCAUUCUCAUUUCACAGCCCUUGUCUAUCACAUUUCAGGUUUUAUUUUACUCAAGCAAGAAAAUUUAUUGAAAUGACUCAGUUUGAAAAGGUGACAUUUAAUUCAAGCCUAAAACCACAACGAGUGGAUAACUAAAAAAAAACAAAACAAAAAAAAAAAAAAAACAGUAGCUCUGUUAUAUGUUUAUUGUGAUGUCUUGUUAACCAUGAUUACCUAUUUUGGGCAAUAAGAGGACUACAAUAUUUUCACAGUCCUUUUUUAUAAAUGUCAUUUUUGUUGUUGAUAAAAAAAGAAAAAAGCUUUCUUUUUAAUACUUUGUGAAAUGAGAUUUAAAAAGAAAAGGAUUCUGAAACUGUAAAUAUUCUGUUCACUGCAUCAAACUGUUUCUGAGAGAGAACCAUAUUUUUGUGAUGGUGUCAUAGAGGUCGUGUUGUGCGCAGGCUGAAAUAUGUCUAUCGAGGCUCAAUGCAGUAACUGAGGUCCAUCUGUAGCACAAAAGCCGUGAUUUACCCCAGUACGGAUGAAAAACCACAAUCAAACACUGUUAGGUCGCUUUGUAAAUACUGUUUGCUUUACAACCGUGCAGGUGUCAUACCAGCAUAUGGAUUUAGAUAGUACGUUAAGAUGUGCACAGCUUACAAAUACUUUACAAGGUAUACAGAAAUCAGCAUUGUAAUAAAAUCAUGACAAAAUCCAAAGCACACUUUUAUUUUUCGUCGGUUUCGACAAGACUGAUUUGAAAACAGUGUCGAGACAUUUCAUGUUAUUAAUGUUUCAGUUUGUGUUUUAGUAUUUCUUUUGAAUAAUGUGGGCUUUUUUUCCAUAGAAGUGUCCAUCUGUCAAGAUUUUUACACAGAAUGCCCGGAUUCGGAAUAACAAAGGCUAUAUUUCAAAUUUUUGAAAUUGCUACAAUUAGGAAAACAAAUAUUUCAUACCAUUUACCUCAGUCCUGUGAGAAUUACUUUAAAGAAGAUUAGAAAUUAAUUUAUUUUAGGCUAAGACAAAUAUUAGAAAAAAAAAAGAUAUUAAAGCAUUGUUUUGAAAUUCAUUGCACUGUGAGAGAGAAUUUAUCAUUUUCUAUUUGCACAUGUUAACAUACAGUCUCUACCAUGGGAAGGAUCGGUGUGGAAACCAUUUGGUUUUGUUCCACACAGGAUAUAUAAACACUUAUGAAUCUUGAGUCUUGCGUUGAUUUGAAGACUGUACUUUUGAAUAAUCUCCUUCCAGGGAUUUUAUUAUAUAGAUAGUUUGAUAAUAUCAGAGAUAAUAAUUAUAUUGGUAGCAAUAGUUCAUUUCCUCAGAAACACUGAAACUGAUUGAAACCAGUGGCUGCUACACACAUUUGUUGUACAUGUGGGGGACUGGAUUUGAUGAGACACUAAUGGCAUUUAGAAAUAUGAAUGAUAUUUACAAAUAUUAAUUGAAUGAUGUAUGCUGUUAUUCAGUCUUGCUGAAAAUGUUUUAUUUUUGUUUAUUUAAUUCUCCUUAGUUGUUCAUUUCACUUAACUAACAGGUGAGGCAGAAUGCUGGAUUCUUUCUCGAGAAGGAGACUUGAUAAAGUAAUAAGUAUUUAAAAAGCAAGGAGAACUUUUGUGCUAACUGUCUGAGCUGUUUUAAAAAGGCAAACAUACAACAACAAAAAAAGAAAAAAGAAAAAAAAAAAGAAAGAAAGAAAACGGUCCCGAACAUGUUUUGAAUUUAAAUAGGGAUGGAUUUUUAUCAAUAUUUUUGUGGAUGUUGAUUAUACUAAAUAUAACAAUGACAAUAAUACAGAUAUUAUGUACUGUAUUUAUCAAUUGUUUAUCUCUUCAUUCCCUGUCACCUCAUUCACUAAUCUUAUGUUGAUCAUUGUAUUUUAGUAGUGUAAAAAAGAAGAAAAAAAAAAAAGAGGCAUAUGAAUUUACCUUGUAAAAGAGUGCUGUCUUGAUGCCAGUGUAGUGGUCUUUACACUUCUUAGUUUGUAUUUUUCACAUCUCCCCCCUUUAGUCUUUUUGCCCUUUCUAUCUAUAUCUCUGUCUCACUCUCUCUUUAGUGAAUAGUUGUAGGUGUUAUGUACUUAAUGUUAAGAUGUAGAGGUAUCCAUUAGCAAUUGUAGGACCAGUAAGGAUAGAACUUUCUCUUUAUAAUCAUUUACAGACAAAAGAUAAACAAAAACAAAAAAAUGCUGAGCAUUGUUUUCAUAAUAAUUUUUCUUUGUUUUUCUUUUUUCUCCUUUUUGUUCCACUGUUUUGCUGGUCUCACAUGGUUUCAACAAACCAAAGCUCUCACUGAUGAAAUCUAUAGGAGAAAAGAAAUUGCUGUACGACAGAAUUGUAAUCAAGGCAUUAAUUGGAUCCCCACCCUUGAAUGUUUUAAAAGGGGUGUGCCAUACUACCUUAAAUGCUAAUGCUAGAUAUGCAAACUUGUUUUAUUUUCAUUCUUUUUUAAGAGGGAUGCAAGCUAUAAUUAGGAAGAGAUGAUGAUUUUAUUACAUGAAUGACAAAUUCAUAUUUUUUUAGUGAGGUCUAACAAAGAAAUAAAUCUUGACAUAGCCUAAUAAUUAUUGAUAUGGAUAAAACUGUAAUAGGUUUUGAUACUUGUAAUCUUAAAAAAAAAAAAAAAAAAAAAAAAAAAAAAAAAGAAAGAAAUCUCAUGCAGUGGCCCAUGGUGCUACUAUUUUAAAUACUCCUUUUUGUGUGUCUGCCUAGUUUAAUACAUCAUUUAGUUUUCUGUCACCUGGAACAUAAAUACAGUCUGAUUGUUGUUGUACUCUUUAAUUACAUUGCCAGCUUUUCAUUUUAAUUCAGCUGAAGUAGAAAUGAUUCCAGACAGUGGGUUGUCAGCUAUGAUGUCACACUAAUUUGCUUGACUUUAAUGUUAAUCCAGUGUCAUUCCCACUCUAAACACACUGAAUCUGUAUUCCUGAAUCACAUCAGUUCUCAGGGAUAUCAAACGUGAGCCAAUGUACCACCUUCGGAAGUGUGAUUUUAUUAUACACUGAAUGAGUUUUUAUCAGAUCUGUGGUACAGUACAGCACAACUAUUAAUGAAAGAUAUGACCGUAUGACUAAUGAAGUUUAUUCAAUUAAUGUGAGCUAAAAAAGUUGCUGGCUAACUAGGUGGUUAGUUGUACUUUAGUUGAAAGUCUCUUCCUUGAAAAGGUUCAAUUGCAAUAUGAGAGUUGAAUUACUCUGCAUCCAUUAAACUAGUUAAACACUAGAACUGUUGCUCUCCCUAUAGAGUCAGAUGAUACACAAAUAAACGCCUUAAGGCGAAUGUUUAAGAGCAGACGAGCACACAUAUCCUUCUGCUCUGGAUAAAGUAAGAGCUUGAUAGGCUCUUAAUUAAAAUGAAGGCUGGCAACCCUCUUAAACAGUCUUUUCCAUUCGCAUAGGUUAGCUUAACUUUUUUCUCAUAAUUUGAUCUCAUAGCUUGGACUUUAAGGUAGCAUGGCUCUGUUGCCACCAUUUUUUUUUCUUUUUUUUUUUUUUUCAUGGACAGCAGUUUACAGCAGAUGAAUGUUAAACAUCUUGCUAGACUAGUUAAAUCAUUGGUUAAUUGUUGGUUAAAAAAAAAAGAAAAAGAAAAACGACCUGGAAGGUGUCGGGUGAUUUCGGGAGUGUACCGUAUCCAUUUAAACUUGAAUUUUGCGGCAAGUGCUAGGCAAUGGCCAAAACGAUCAUUCCACUAUUAAAACAACAAAACUUUCUACACACACACACACACACACACAAUGUAAUGUCUAAUGUUCAGUAUACUUGUAUACAUAUACAAGAUAUAUAUGUAUAGUGUAUAUAUCUCUUUGUUAAAUUGUUAAACUGCCUCAUAAAAGCUCAUGAAUCAUUGUAGGUAAACUGAAUAGGGGCGUAAAGCUCUGUACACUAGUCCAAACUCUUUGUUGAAUCAUUUGGAUUCACUUUGCUGUUUGUUGUAUAAGAGAACACUUUUAAUGGGAGACGUGUUAGUAGUUUAGCAGCGGAAUGUUGUUUUGAACUGAAUGUGUUGUGUAAAGCUUACAAGGAGAUAUAGCGCAAUGGGGACGGUACAGUCAGCAUGGUUGAUGGUCUUUUGUCUGACACUUCCUUUGGCAACUUGGUCUCCCAUGUUCUCCUGAGGCUUUUCAGCCUCGCUGAUUGCCUUGCCCAUUCCUAACACUUGCCCAUUUUUUAACGUUAACGGACUUUUUACCGCGAGAACUGACUGAAAGGACUGAUGUCUGAAAGCAUCUUUCAGGUCUUCUUGUAUGGCUUGCUCAAGCCCUGUUGUAAAAUAAACUAGAGUGGAUGGGGGUCUCUCACAUCUCAGAUGUGGAAAGUAUAAUUUUAUAUUUGUAUUUUCAAAUAAUAAUUAUAAUAAUAAUAAAAAAUGUUUGUGAAAGGUUUCCAUCCUCUACUGUGGUCCAGAAAUCAAUGUUGUUUGUCUGGAAAAGAUAUAUAUAUUAAAAAAAUAAAAAAAAAUAAAAUAAAACCGUUUUGAACCAU